AAGUCACGUGAUUUCUGGGAAAAGGAACUUCCCCCUCUGCUCUGCGAGGCAAGUAAACAACUUCUGGAUUUCCAGUCAAAGUGCUAUGCGAGGGUGCGCUCAGCUGUAGUUAGGAAACGGAGGAAACGCAACCUAAGCUAUGGCAUCUGGGAAAAUUCGCUCCACGCGCAGACUACGCGCUUGGAUGGUAGAACAGGUCAGCAGUGGGAAGUACCCUGGCCUGAUAUGGGACAACGACGACAAGACCAUGUUUCGUAUACCAUGGAAACAUGCCGGGAAACAAGAAUUCCGCAGUGAAGUGGAUGGUGCCAUCUUCAAGGCGUGGGCAGUGUUUAAGGGGAAGUUGUCUGAGGGGUGUCAUGCGGACCCUGCCUCCUGGAAGACGCGGCUGCGAGUUGCUCUCAAUAAGAGCCCGGAGUUCCGAGAGGAACCUGAGAGGUCACAGCUGGAAAUCUCCGAACCAUACAAAGUCUACCGCCUCGUACCCAUCAACGAACAAGCAUUGGGGAGUGUUGACAUGAAGGUCCAAGCCAGAGCAGGGGGGAGGAAGAGAAGGAACCGCGAUUCAGACAUCGAGGUGGAGGAAGAGGUGGUGAAGGUCAAGCAGAUGAAAGAGGUUACCACCUCCCUACCAAUCACCAUGUCUGUUCAGGAGAUUGAGGAAAGUGUUCUUAAAAUCCAGCUAGACCAGGUUGAUCAGCCCUCGGUCAUGGUGAAGAGUGCUGGAACAGUCAAUGAGAUCCAGGUGAACUUCACGAUCGAGACCGUCCCUCCCCCUGGAGCCCGGGACUCUUUCCAUGUCUUAGUGAAGUACAUGGGAGAGGAGGUGCUUAAACGUGGGGUCAUGGGCAGCGAUGUCCGGAUCGCCUAUCUGCCCUCGUCGCCCGUUCCCCCCACCCUGAUGGUGGCUGGGUUCCCCCGCAUCCCCCUGCCCGACCCCCCUUCCACCUUGACCUCCAGCAUCGGGCCCCAGUUCCAGGCCCUCUCCACCCUGCUGCCCUUCAUGGAGAAAGGGGUGAUCCUGACCUCCACGAGAACAGGGGUCUAUGCUAAGCGCUACUGCCAGGGCCAGGUGUUCUGGACAGGGCCACAUUCAGCCACGGCGGGACCGCACAAGAUGAACCAUGCUGUGGAGCCCGUGCGGCUCUUCGAUAGAGAGGCUUUCAGAAUGGAGCUAGACCACUUCAGCAGCCACGGGGGAGACCCUCCUCAGUGUGGCUUCACCUUGCAUUUCAGUGACAAAGAGGAUCCAUCCAGCAAACUCAUCAUCACACAGAUAACCCUACCCUGGGCUCAGCAGCAGGUCAAGGAAGCUGAAGACUUCCGGGAGUCAAUGAGCUACUUCCGCAACAUAACCAGCGAAUCAGGAGAGGUCACCAUCAACCUGGUAUCAGGUUCAUUGCUAUCCGAGAUCCUUGGGACGUCCCUACCUUAAACCCUAAACAUUUAAAAAUGUCAACUUCAAAUGGGGGCGGGAUAGCACGUAAAAGUGUCCUGUGAUUGGAUGCUAAAGGCCAUCUUGUAUAAUUGACUAGUCUUUUUUUAAAUGAAGCACUCUGAUCUGAUACUAAGGUAUACACAUGAUGCACUAAAUACUUGUCUGAAUAGCACUACAUGGAAUGGAAGAUGUCACUUUGGCUUUGCCCUCAGUAUUGCCCUUUACCAACUUGUGAUGUUAUACUGAUGUUCCAAACUCACUUUUAUAUGGAGUCAGAUAAUUCUACUCCUUGUUGCAGUCUUUGAAUGCUGACUGGUACUGCGUCAGACACCUCUCCGUGUCCAAAUGUUGCUUAUAUAGGUGUACCUGUUGACCAAGAUGUUUUAAGUAGCAUAUGAGAGAAACACUGACAGGCUCUGAAGCCAUAGUAGGCUGAAGGUCAGUGAUUUGAUAAUCACCAUGCCAACCGUUAUGAGGCGGGAAACGAACUUGUCUUCGAUUUCUGUUUCUGAAAGUGGUAACGCACAUUUCUAUAGAGGACAUUAAUAUUCCUAGACUUUGAAGCAGGCUCCUUCACUAGAGACAUUGGACUCUUAAAUGUGUUUGCAAGUAUGUAUUCAAGAGCAAGUGAGUUUGUUUUGCAUUUGUUAAUCUUCUCUCCAUAACUCAGCACUUACUACUAGUCCCAACCGUAGGAAGUUAGUGUUAAUGAGAUUGGGUAAACCUGUAAAGUGACCUGCCAUGCAAAACUGGGCCAAUUAGUAAAUUACACAAGCCACAGUAUAAAGCAGGUGUGGAGACUGUUCUGGGGUUAUGGUGUGUGGAGACUGUUCUUGGGACCAUGUCUGAAAGGUUGUUUUCUGCACCUUUGAACUGGCAAUCUGUUGUUCGAUCUUGCACAAAUCAAGUAUGUUUAUAUAUAAGGUCUACUUAAGCCUUUAAGUGCACAAGGUGAUGGCCGGCCUCGUCAGACUUUUUAAUCUGUUAGUAUUGUGUGAAUUGAUAUUUAUAUGAACAUAGCACAUGAACACUUGAAGUAGUUUGUAGAUGUAGUUUAAUAAAUGUAUAUAAGGUUACACACUGAAAGCAGUGGGACAGGAUGCACAUAAUGUGAUGCCAUUAGCAGUCAGUGAACUAUGAGCACAGCUUUGUCAGUUGUAAGUGGGUUAACAACAUGGCUACUGAGUUUGACAAGGCACACUGACUGAGAGACCGGAAGACUGCACAGAUUUGUCAAACUGUAAAUAUUUGUUAUUUAUGCUUGUCUUUUAUUCAAUGUUCUGUCUGACCGCAUUAAAUGUAUUUCAUAUUA